UGGCUGUCAGUCAUUCCUGCUACCAGCGCACAACAAAACAAAAGCGUAAACGGAUCAGAUAGGCAAAACUUUUUUAGCAAGUAAUUUCCAGUUUCUUGUGAUUUUAGUAGAUUAACCUGUGCGAAAAAACAUUCAUCAUGGAUUCGGAUUGCUCUAACGACUGGAGAAACGCUCACCACAGCACGGGUACCACAAUCAUGGCGGUGGAGUUUGACGGUGGGGUCGUGAUCGGUGCCGAUUCGCGUACCAGCACCGGUACGUACGUCGCGAACCGCGUCACGGACAAGCUGACCAAGCUGACGGACAAAAUCUACUGCUGCCGUUCCGGGUCGGCCGCAGACACACAGGCGAUCGCUGACAUCGUUGCCUACUCGCUGAACUACCACGAGAACCAAACCGGCGAACCGCCGCUGGUCGAGGACGCUGCGAACGAGUUCCGGCAGUACUGCUACAACUACCGCGAUACGCUCGUCGCCGGCAUCAUCGUGGCCGGGUGGGACGCCAAGCACGGCGGCCAGGUGUACUCGGUCCCGGUCGGUGGUAUGCAGAUCCGGCAGAGCGUCACGAUCGGCGGGUCGGGCAGCUCGUACAUCUACGGCUUCGUGAAGGAAAACUAUCGCGAGGGGAUGCCGCGGGACGAGUGCGUAGAGUUUGUGAAGAAAUCGAUCUUCCACGCGAUGUACCAUGAUGGUAGCUCGGGCGGCGUGUGCCGCAUCGGGGUGAUCACGAAGGAUGGCGUCGAGCGGGAAGUGUUCUUUGCCCCGCGGGAUUAUGAGAAUGUUGGUGCGCGCCGUGCCGGAGCACCGAGCGUUUCCGUGCAGGCUUAAGUCGCCCCGGGAACGUGUGAAACAUGGUGAAGAAGCGUAAUUUUGUCUGUGGUCUGUGGUUAAUUGGAAUAAAUCUUUCCUUAUCAAACAAAA